UUGAACUUUUUUUGCAGUCAAGUUUACAUGGCCAGAGAAAAAGGAACUGGAGAAAUUGUUGCUUUAAAAAAGAUACGCAUGGAUAAUGAAAAAGAAGGGUUCCCUAUAACUGCAAUCCGAGAAAUUAAAAUUCUAAAGAAGCUGCAGCAUGAGAAUGUUAUCAAGUUGAAAGAGAUAGUGACAUCUCCUGGGCCUGAAGUAGAGGAUCAAGGAAAGCCAGAUGGUAAUAAGUACAAGGGCAACAUUUACAUGGUUUUUGAGUAUAUGGACCAUGAUUUGACUGGCCUUGCUGAUCGUCCUGGAUUGAGAUUUACAAUUCCACAGAUUAAAUGUUAUAUGAAGCAACUGCUGACUGGUCUUCAUUACUGUCAUGUCAAUCAAGUGCUUCACAGGGACAUCAAAGGCUCCAAUCUUCUCAUAGACAACGAAGGAAAUCUGAAGCUUGCAGACUUUGGGCUAGCUCGAUCAUAUUCGAGUGACCACAAUGCUAAUCUUACUAAUCGUGUCAUUACUUUGUGGUACAGGCCUCCAGAGUUGCUUCUUGGAGCUACGAAAUAUGGUCCAGCUGUUGACAUGUGGUCUGUUGGUUGCAUCUUCGCUGAACUUUUGAAUGGGAAACCAAUCUUACCUGGAAAAAAUGAGGUCAGGACUCUGCUGCAUAUAUUUAGCCCUUGUUUGAGCCACAUUAUUGGAAUGGGGAAUAUGAGGAAGAUAAGAUACUUUGUUGUACUAAUUGUUGCUCUCCCAUCUUCGACUAAGAUAGUUACUUAUGGUCCGGUUGAUUGCAAAGGUGGAAAAAGCAAAUCAAUUCCAUUCUUUAAGAUUUCUCGUUCUUGCAAGAAUAUAGGCAAUGCUUCUGUUGUACUUGAUAACAAAAAUGUCAAGAUAAAUGCGAAUAAUCCGACUUUUUCCUCAGUGCCAGCUAAAUCAUCCUUAAGAUUGUAA